AUGGAUGAUCUGGAGUCGGAACUCAGGGUACCUGGAGAAGAACUGGGCGAAAAUGAGUCUUCAGAUGAUGAUGAAUCAAUCAACAGAAAACGAAUCAAGAAGCCAAACCUACCCCUGGCGCCUCCUAUAUUUAAAGGUAAUGAUAAAAUACAGUGUGUAGACGAAUAUGUGAACCCUCGAGUAAGCUAAACCAGCUAUUUCAAGUCCUGCCUACCGAUUGGUGCUACAUACACUAUGUAUACACAAAAGUAUGUGGACACCCCUUCAAAUUAUUGGAUUUGACGGUCAAUCACCCUCGGUCUGGGCUCCAUGCAAGAUCUCACCUCGUGGGGCAUCAAUGAUCAUGAGGAAGGUGAGGGAUCAGCCCAGAACUUACACGGCAGGACCUGGUCAAUGACUGAAGAGAGCUGGGACCACAGUCUCAAAGAAAAACCAUUAGUAACACACUACGCCGUCAUGGAUUAAAAUCCUGCAGUGCAUGCAAGGUCCCCUGCUCAAGCCAGCGCAUGUCCAGGGCCCGUCUGAAGUUUGCCAAUGACCAUCUGGAUGAUCCAGAGGAGGAAUGGGAGAAGGUCAUGUGGUCUGAUGAGACAAAAAUAUAGCUUUUUCGUCUAAACUCCACUCGCCGUGUUUGGAGGAAGAAGAAGGAUGAGUACAACCCCAAGAACACCAUCCCAACCGUGAAGCAUGGAGGUGGAAAACAUCAUUCUUGGGGAUGCUUUCUGCAAGGGACAGGACGACUGCACCGUAUUGAGGGGAGGAUGGAUGGGGCCAUGUAUCGGUACCCUGGCCCUCCACCGUGUGUAGGUGUGAACCCAGCGUAAGCAAACUUCAAGGUGUACCGAUUGUGCUACAUCCACUAUGUAUACCAAAGUAUUGGACACCCUUCAAAUUAUUGGAUUCGGCUAUUUCAAGCACAACCGUUGCUUACAGGUGUAUAAAAUCGAGUACACAGCCAUGCAAUCUCCAUACACAAACAUUGCAGUAGAAUGGCCUUACUGAGAGCUCAGUGACAUUCAACGUGGCACGGUCAUAGGAUGCCACCCUUUCAACAAGGCAGGUCGUCAGUUUCUUCUCCCUGCUAGGGCUGCCUCAGUUAACUUAAAGUGCUGUUGUUGUGAAGUGGAAACGUCUAGGAGCAACAACGGCUCAGCCGCGAAGUGCGAAGUGGGGUAGGCCACACAAGCUCACAGAGGACCGCCGAGUGCUGAAGCACAUAGCUUGUAAAAAUCAUCAAUCCUAGGUCGCAACACUCACUACCGAGUUCCAAACUGCCUCUAAAAGCAAUGUCAGCACAAUAACUGUUAGUCGGGCCGAGCAGCCGCACACAAGCCUAAGAUCCCCAUGCGCAAUGCCAAGCGUCGACUGGAGUGGUGUAAAGAUCGCCGCCAUUGGACUCUGGAGCAGUGGAAACGCGUUGUCACAUGUCACCAUCUGGCAGUCUGACGGAAGAAUCUGGGUUUGGUGGAUGCAAGGAGAACGCUGCCUGCCCGAAUGCAUUGCACCAACUGUAAAGUUAGGUGGUGGAGGAAUAAUAGUCUGGGGCUGUUUUUCAUGGUUUGGGCUAGGACCCUUAGUUCCAGUGAAGGGAAAUCUUAACGCUACAGCUUACAUUGACAUUCUAGACAAUUCUGUGCUUCCAACUUUGUGGCAACAGUUUGGGGAAGGCCCUUUCCUGUUUCAGCAUGACAAUGCCCCCGUGCACAAAGCGAGGUCCAUACAGAAAUGUGGAAGAACUUGACUGGCUAGCUCAGAGCCCUGACCUCAACCCCAUCAAACACCUUUGGGAUGAAUUGGAAUGCCGACUGCCAGCCAGGACUAAUCGUCCAACAUCAGUGCCCAACCUCACUUAAGCUCUUGUGGCUGAAUGGAAGCAAGUCCCCGCAGCAAUGUUCCAACAUCUAGUGGAAAGCCUUCCCAGAAGAGUGGAGGCUGUUAUAGCAGCAAAGGGUGUACAACUCCAUAUUAAUGCCCAUGAUUUUGGAAUUAGAUGUUUGACGAGCAGGUGUCCACAUACUUUUGGUCACGUAGUGUAUGUCAGUGUCUGAUUAUCGUUUUCAUCUUUACAUAAGAUGCUCUCUUUAGUCUUAUUAAUCAGUAGCUAUGUCUGUUUCAUUACAGAGACACCCCGUGAGACUGGCUUUCACAAGACCACAAGGAACUGCCUCCAACACAUCAGGGAGGUCUUGCUGCACCAUAGAUGGCAGGAUGCCGCAGAGUACAUGGCCAGUUACUCACAGACACUGGAGGAUACCACUGCAAACAUGCCACAACUCUACGCUGAGGUAGGUCUAUCUUUGGACUGACUGAACACUCACAAAGUGUAGCUAAGAAGUACUGUAUAGAUGCUAAGUUUGAUUUCUUCAAACUUUGUCUUUCAGAUAAUUUGGAGGAUAGGCACAGAGAUACUACACCACCAUCCCGAAUCGAAGCUGGAAGACUACAACAGCUUCUAUGAGCGAGUGAAACACUCAGGAGUAAAGCAUUACCUGAAGGUAUGUUCCUUAAUUGACCUCUUGAUCUCUAAACUAUCAGCCCUACUAAAGGACCCUAAGUCAAUAGGUUUUGUUGUAGCAUGAAUAUGAUUGCCUACUAAUAGACAGUUUGUUAUUAUCAAUAACCCUAUACUACUACUACUACUAGAUAACUUUAGUUGUUGAAUCUACUUUACAAUGUCUUCUUUUUUUUUUACAAGCGUUCACCAAAAUGGGUAUGUCAUCUUAGCCUUACCUGUUAGUCAGUCUACAACUUCUUCUGCUGCCUAUUAUUGUAUAAGUAAAAUAAUGCUGACAGUAAUGACUUGAAAAAGGAUCUGCAAGUAUAAACACUGGUUACGUCCCAAAUUACACCCUAUUCCCUAUAUAGUGCAAUACGGCCCCUAUGGUCCCUAGUCAAAAGUAGUGCACUAUAUAGGGAGUAGGGUUACAUUUCGGACGCCAACAUUAUAUUGAUUUCAGCUGCAUUAGUUCUGGGAAAGUGGGAAUGUUUUAUGCAAUUAUUGUAUUUCUUUAGAAAGUUACAGCUUUCAUGUCUCCAACAGGUACAUUGUUGCCACGGUUACCCUCAGAGCCCGGGAUGUCGCUGCUCACGAUAAAGAUUGACAAGAUUGGGCUGAAAGAUGCAGGGCAAUGCAUUGAUCCCUACAUGACAGUUAGUGUGAAAGGUACUGUAUGUAGGCUAUAUUGUUUAAAAUGCUGAGAUGAGUUGCUUACCUUCACAUCUGAAAUGGUAAGGUCUGAAACAGUGAUAAUCUAGACAUUUUGUAAAAAGAAUUAUCUCUGUUGAGUUGACGCUUGACAGUACAUUUUUUAUAUAUUUUUCCUGCAGAACAGCCCAAGUGAAUCUGAACGUUUUGUUUCCCAACAGAUGUGAAUGGCAUUGAUUUGAACCCGGUGCAAGACACACCUGUGGCUACCCGAAAGGAGGACACAUACAUUCACUUCAGCGUAGACAUCGAGAUCCAGAGACAUAUCGAGAGACUACCAAAAGGUAGUCAAACUUUCUAUUUCUACUGAAUUAGUAGUGGGGCCUCUAUUUAGCUAGUAUCAUGUAAUAUUAAGCUACUACAGUGUCCGUUUAUGUUCAAAUCCUUGCAGAGGGAUUGGGCGGACAAUUGUUAAUCCUGAAUUUUGUUCAUGUUCCAGGGGUAGCUAUUUUCUUUGAGUUCAAGCACUAUAAACCCAAGAAGGGGUUUACCAGCACAAAAUGUUUUGCCUUCAUGGAAAUGGAUGAGAUCAAACCUGGUCCCAUUGUGAUCGAGUUGUGAGUGACACAUUGUUGAAUUUUCCAGAUUAACUUUCUUUAAAUGUACUCUCUAUUUUAUUUAAAGAUGAAAAUAAAUCAAAUUUGAUAACUAUUUCUUUGGAGAAUCUCAGAUUUGAGUGUUAUUUUUUGUUGUUGUUGGUCAGUCUGCCCUUUGAAUAUACAGUUUGAAAUAAUCACUUAUUUAUGCUAUCGGAUGUCAGGUACAAGAAGCCCACUGACUUCAAGAGGAAGAAGCUCCAGCUCCUGACAAAGAAGCCACUCUAUCUCCACCUCCACCAGACGUUGCACAAAGAUUAAUAACCGAGGUCACUGAAUGGAGCACAUCAAGAAAGCAGAAGCACCACAGAAUUCCACUGUAGUCAUCAGACAUCCAACAAAGUUUGGUGUACCUACUGCGUAUCCGCCUCCACUCACAUCAGCAAUACUAAACCCAGCAGGCCCAAAGGCCACACCCUCAACUCUGUCAUAGGAUGGCCCUGGAUGACACAUAUUAACUACAGCGGUGACAACACCCUACUGUAUAAUGCUGCGUUCGUAACCAGGUGGGAGGUGGGAAUUUACCAGUU